UCCUUGCGGCACCGCCGGACGUCUGAAGAGACAACAGCUUCGCCUGCUGCUCGGCAUCUUUUCCCCGCGACGGAGCCCGAGAAGACACGGAGAGAAGAAGGCAAGAGAGGACGAUGGCGGUCGCGGCUGAGGGAGGUUUGUGCGGCGUGAAGGUGAUGUGUCGCUUCCGGCCGCUGAACGACGCGGAGCUCGGCCGCGGGGACAAAUCCAUCCCCAAAUUCAGCGGCGACGACACGGUGGUGGUGUCGGGGAAGCCGUACGUAUUUGACAGAGUUCUCCCGCCGAACAUUGAGCAGCCGCAGGUGUACGAAAUGUGCGCCCGCCACAUCGUCAAAGAUGUGUUGGGCGGUUACAACGGAACCAUCUUUGCGUACGGUCAAACGUCAUCAGGAAAAACGCACACGAUGGAGGGUCAACUACACGACUGCCGGCUGAUGGGAAUCAUUCCCCGCAUCGCCACAGACAUCUUUGACCACAUCUACUCCAUGAAUGAGAACCUGGAAUUCCACAUCAAGGUCUCUUAUUUUGAAAUCUAUUUGGAUAAAAUCCGAGACUUGCUGGAUGUGUCAAAGACCAACCUGGCUGUUCAUGAGGAUAAAAACAGGGUUCCCUAUGUGAAGGGCUGCACGGAGCGUUUUGUGUCCAGUCCAGAGGAGAUCAUGGACGUCAUCGACGAGGGGAAAUCCAACCGGCACGUCGCCGUUACAAACAUGAACGAGCACAGCUCGCGCAGCCACUGCAUUUUCCUCAUCAGCAUCAAGCAGGAGAACGUGGAGACCGAGACCAAGCUGUCGGGCAAACUUUACCUGGUGGACCUGGCGGGCAGCGAGAAGGUGAGUAAGACUGGAGCUGAGGGAGCCGUUUUGGAUGAAGCCAAGAACAUCAACAAGUCUCUGUCGGCUCUUGGCAACGUCAUUGCAGCUCUGAGCGAGGGAAAGAAAAGUCACGUUCCAUACAGGGACAGUAAAAUGACCCGAAUCCUACAAGACUCCCUGGGAGGAAACUGCCGAACCACCAUCAUCAUCUGCUGCUCUCCAUCCAUCUAUAACGAGGCAGAAACUAAGUCCACCCUCAUGUUUGGACAGAGGGCAAAAACCAUCAAGAACUCUGUGUCCGUCAACCUGGAGCUGACUGCUGAGGAAUGGAAGAAGAAGUACGAGAAAGAGAAGGAGAAGACUCGAAGUCUGACCAUCACAGUCCAGAAGCAGGAGAACGAGCUGAAACGCUGGAGGAAAGGUGAUUCAGUACCUUUGGAGGAGCAGAACAGAAGCAAGAAGAGCAGCGGUGAGGAAGUGAUGGACAGCUUGGCCCCAGCCGUCGUUCCCCUGUCAAAUGAGGAGAAAAUGCAAUACGAGACAAUUAUCACUCAGCUGUACCAUCAGCUGGAUGACAAAGAUGAAGAACUCAACCAUCAGAGUCAGACCAUAGAGAAUCUGAAGCAGCAGCUUCUGGAUCAGGAUGAGCUGUUGGCGUCGAAGCACCAGGCCUACCAGCGUCUCCAGGAGGAAAUGUCACGGGUGCAGAAGGACAAUGGCUCGGCCAAAGACGAAGUUAAGGAGAUUCUUCAGGCAUUGGAGGAACUCGCGGUCAACUAUGACCAGAAGAGCCAGGAAGUGGAGAACAAGAGUCGCUGCAACCAACAACUGAAUGAGGAACUUGCCCACAAAACUGUUGGUCUGGAGACAGUCCAGAGGGAACUGGUGGCUCUGCAGGAUCUCAGCUAUCAUCACAAAAAAAGGUCAGCAGACAUGCUCAGUCUGUUGCUGAGAGACCUCAGCGACAUCGGCGCUGCUCUUGGCACCACCGAGCUCAAAGCUAUGACAGAAACGAGUGGAAUGAUGGAGGACGAGUUCACAACAGCUCGUCUGUACGUCACAAAGACCAAGUCAGAGGUGAAAUCGCUGGCGAGUCGCAGUAAACAGAUGGAGGUCAGCCUGGCACAGAACAUCAACAAAAUAGAAGCCAAUGACAAGGAGCUCAUUUCAAGGCAGUUCACCAUCUCACAGCUUGAGGUGAAGAUGUCGUCGCUGAUAGAAGACCUCCACAAGAUGGAGCUCACCAAACGACAGCUGGAGGAAAGUCAAGAUGCUCUCAUGGAGGAAGUGGCCAAGGUUCGGGCUCAAGAUCAAUUACAGCAGGUGAGCGUGAUGGACAAAGAGAAAGAACACCUGAGUCGCCUGAAAGAUGCUGUGGACAUGAAGAGAACACUGGAGGAACAGAUGGAGAACCACAGAGAGGUCCAUCAAAAACACUUGUCUCGCCUCCGAGACGAGAUCGAGCAGAAGCAGAGAAUCAACGAGCAGCUCCGAGAUUUGAACGAGACCUUGCAGUUGGACGUCAGGAGGCUUCAAGCCGACGUGGACAAAGUGAGAGGUGAAGAGCGCAGCAAAGACGAGAAGCUCAAACAACUGCUAUCCCUGCAGGACAAGAGACGACAAGCCAAGGAGGACCUUCAGGGCCUGGAGGAGACUGUGGUCAAAGAGCUCCAGACGCUCAGCAGCCUGAGAAAGAUCUUCAUCCAGGACAUCAGCAGCCACUUCAGCUGUCCUGACAGCGAUGGUGAUGAUGGCGGUGGCAGUCUGGCUCAGAGGCAAAGAAUCAUCUUCUUAGAAAACACCUUGGAGCAGCUGAGUAAAGUCCAUAAGCAGGUGAGCCAAUCACAUGACAGUUUAGCUCAUUAAGCCCCGCCCACACUC